GAUCUGUCUGCGCGACACGAGAGUACAUGUGUGCUCCUAGAGUUUACAACUGAACUGCGAGAGAGUGACGAGACAACACACGACUCACAACACAACCUCAGUCAACGCGAGGCUUUCCAAGUGUGGGAUAGAAUGCCGGCGAUUAUAAGUAAAAAUUCCGACAUGGAUUUUGACUCACUACAACCCUGCUUCUAUCCAGACGAGGAUGACUUCUAUUUCUGCGGUCCCGACUCUGCGCCUCCUGGAGAGGACAUCUGGAAGAAAUUUGAGUUACUGCCUACGCCGCCCCUCUCCCCGAGCCGAGCGGCGCUACCCGGGGAGCUGGCCUCCGCGUCCGUGGGGGACUGGGGCGACUCGGCUGCAGGUUCCAUGAGUUUUGGAUUAGGCGACCCGCUGGGGUGCGAAUGGACCUCGGAGCUGCUGCUCCUGCCCGAGGAAGAUAUUUGGGGUGCGUCGGAUGGAGACCUGUUCGGCGGCUCCGCUUUGAAUAAUAACCCCAACUCAAUCAUCAUUCAGGACUGUAUGUGGAGCGGCUUCUCUGCCAGGGAAAAGCUAGAGAGGGUGGUCACAGAGAAGCUAAGCAAAGCCAUUUCCACAGCGGCUGCCUGUGGAGUUAGUAAAAAUGUCACUACUGCCGCUGUCAUCACUACCAAGGCGUCUGAGCUGAGCCGCUCUGUGUCGGAGUGUGUGGACCCCACGAUAGUCUUCCCCUUCCCCGUCAACAAAAGAAACGGUAGCAGCAGCAGAUGUCCACCUGGUACAGUCCCCGCCUCUACUGCCCAUUGUAGCGCCAAGGAAACUCAGAGCGACUCCGAAGAUGAAGACGAUGAUGAAGAAGAGGAGGACGAAGAUGAGGAGGAGGGCGAAGAUGACUCGGAUGGCGAAGAGAUCGAUGUGGUCACCGUGGAGAAGCGGCGUGGCUUGUCGCCCUUGGCCACCGGCACUGUCACCAUCUCAGUACGGCCGAAGACGGGUGCCGCUUCCGGGGGCGUGGCCUCAUCUGGUGUCAUGAGCCGAUUCGUUAGCAACCGGGGAUCAGCGGGGUCAAACGGUUACGGUCAGGAGCUGAUCCUGAAGCAGAGUUCGGUCCACCAGCAGCAGCACAACUACGCCGCUCCCUCGCCAUAUGCCUCUGACGAUGAUCACGCACCCCCCUCCAAGAAACACAAGACCUCUGACGCUCCUCGCCAACCUUCCCGCACCCUCUCUUCAUCAUCAUCGUCGUCGACCUUAACGUCAUUUGGCUCCUUCACAAUGGCAAUGGCAGGAUCCAAACGCAAACGCAACGUCAGCGGUGAUAGCAGCCCGCGCGGCGGUUCCUCUGGUAACUCCGACUCCGAAGACUCCGAACGGCGGCGAAACCACAACAUCCUGGAACGCCAACGGCGCAACGAUCUCCGCUCCAGUUUCCUCACGCUCCGCGACCACGUACCCGAGCUGGCGAGAAACGAGAAGGCGGCUAAGGUGCUGAUCUUGAAGAAGGCGGCAGAGUAUGUGUCGUCACUGGAGGUGGACGAGCUGCGGCUGACGCAGGAGAAGGACAGGCUGCAGGCGCGGAGGCAACAGCUGAUCAGGAGGUUGGAGCAGGCUAGGACUCGCUAAGACUUGUCAGUGGCAACGCAAACACGUACACACAAACAUAGGCACAUACACACUCAUAUACACACACACACGCACACACGCACGCACGCGCACGCACGCACGCACGCACACACACACACACGCACACGCACGCACACACACACGCACACACGCACACACACACGCACACACACACACACACACACACACACACACACACACACACACACACACACACACACACACACACACAAACCCAGAUGAACCCCUUCUCUCUGUCUCAGUUAAAACACACACAGACUUGGAGCGACACAGAGGAGGCUGGUGGCCGGGACACAACAGGACUUUUGCUUCCGCCACUUUUUUUGCACAUUUGUUGACAUUAAGAAUGUUUAGAGUUUGACAUUUUUCAGGUGAAAAAAGAAGAGAAAAGCAGGAGGGAGGGGAAAGAACGGAGAGCAGGAGCUUCUCUGGGUGCUCUCUCUUGUAUAAUUGUUCUUUUUUUGUACCUUGUUUUCUUUAACUGAAUGUGACACUUACAUAUCCCCAAACCUAGUGACUUUCAAAGGGGUCAUGUUCAUUAGGGCCACCAUGGUAAAUCACGUUGUAACGGAAAGCAAAAACCCGCAUUUCUCAAUGGACAAGUUCAGGUAUUCCCUCCCUGUUUCAGUCCAUUUUCUACCGUUGUGUGCGUAAUAAAUACACCCCGGGCAUGGUGUAUUUCAGAGUUCAAAGUUCUCACUUAGGAGAAGAGUACGCUUUCUAUGCCUUCACCACUGCAAACAGAAGACACUAGUAAAACCACGAUAUAACAAAGACUGUAACGCUGUCACACGUUGGCUCACAACUAUGAUGUCAAGAAGUUUUGGCGUCUCUCUCUCUCUCUCAUCCUCUCUCUCUCUCCCUCUUGUUCCUCCUCUCUUGCACUGGUGCUCAAACUAAGGGCUCUAUUCAAUCCGUCUCACAGAACUUCAGCGUUGCAUGGUGAUUGAAAUGAGUGGAGACUGCAUUCAUGGUAAAUGCUGCAUACAUCGGCUCAAUGGGAAAUGACCAGCGAUAGAGAUUGAAUAGCAAGUCAAUGGAUGUAAUAACUAUAUACCUUGCUAGCUGACACUUUUGUAAAUAACAUUACUGUAAAUAACAGAAAUACACUCAAAAUCUGCCUUGUUUUAUAUACAUUUUUUUUCUUUGGAUUUUUUUAUACAUUUUGUCCAAAAGCUGCAAAUUAAUAGACUGGAAACGUCAUACCUUUAUAAAAAGUACUGUAAUGCCUCGCGGGCAACAAAACAUUGUAAUAUAACAACAUAUUGUUUUCAUUUUUUUUCUAUCUUCCUGCUUUGUAUUGUACCAUGAUACUAAUUCUACACAUCUUUACUACGCUUUAGAUCCUGAACAAUUUGAUACUUAUAUUUUUGUAAGAAAAUUAGUGUUUGGUAGAUAUCUUUUUAUCUCAUCAUUUUCUUAUUCUUCCCUCUAUUCAAAGUGAAUUAUUUUGUACAGAAAUGUGUUCUAUCAUCAUGUACCUGACCCUUUUUAUGUCUCUUUAUCCCCAUUUGUUUAUGUAUUUGUAAGUAUCGGUGCAUAGAACUUACUGGGGAACAGAUAUAAUAUGUUGGUUGUAUCAUUCUUCUAAUGUACAUUUAGUGCUGCAACUCAUAGCACUUUGAAAUACCUCAUUUUGACAAAUAAAUAGACAUUGAAAAUAA